AGAGAGAGAGAGAGAGAGAGAGAACAGAAGCGCGUUCAGCUCUCCAUGCCUUCAGUCUAGCGGAGCGGGCGAUGGAUGUGAGAUUUUACCCUGCACCUCCUUCAAGCGUGGGCUCCUGUACAUUACCCACCGACACCAGCCUCUCCUCUCUGGACUAUUACCACUGCAACAAGAGCAGAUACAGUGUAGGAGAUCGCGGUGUUAGGCUGUACGGCGCUUUACCCGUGAGGCACAGCCCUGAGGAAAAACGACUGCCCUCUUCAGGGUUUGAUGGUGACAACAUGUACAUGAGUGAGAACAACCAAGAGUUCCUCUCCCCGACUCAGCAGAGUUACUCAGGGCAGGGAGGGGGCAGUGGGGGCGGAGGCGGAGGAGGAGACGAGGAUUACGAGAUUCCUCCAAUCACACCGCCCAAUCACCCGGAGCCACCGCUGCUGCACCUGAUGGACCCGGAGUCCAGCUACCUGUGCCACUCCAUCCCUCACAAUGGCCUGAUCAACCCAUACUCGUACCCGGAGCUGCCCGCGCUCAUGAUGACCAACAUGCUGGCGCAGGACGGGCACCUGCUGUCCAGCCAGAUGCCCUCGAUCACAGGGGAGAAGCGGCCUUCCUCUGACAUGAUGAAGCCCAAACCCAAACCUCAGAAGAAGAAGAAGAAGAAGGACCCGAAUGAGCCGCAGAAGCCGGUCUCGGCGUACGCACUCUUCUUCAGGGACACUCAAGCCGCCAUCAAAGGACAAAACCCCAACGCCACUUUUGGAGAUGUCUCGAAGAUCGUGGCCUCCAUGUGGGACAGUCUGGGAGAAGAACAGAAGCAGGCUUACAAACGGAAAACAGAAGCAGCGAAGAAGGAGUAUCUGAAGGCUCUUGCCGCGUAUCGAGCCAGUCUGGUGUCCAAGACCUACAGUGACCCAGUGGAGAGCAAAAGCGCCCAGUCAAGUCAGCCGUCAUCCCACAUGAUGCCUCCCAAUGCACCCCUAUACAGCGUCCCACCCCAGCCCUCCUCCCCGUACCUGGGCCCGAGUCCCUUCCCGCUGUCAGACCUCCAGAGUUAUGCUGCUGGAGCCCCCAGACACGGCCUGCCCCGCUCCGCCAUGCUGCCCGCGCUCAGUGCCUCCCCGCCGGCCUCCUUCCAGAUCAGCCCCCCACUCCACCAGCAGCUCUCCCUGCACCAGGGCUCCAUCCUCAACCAGCCCAUCCGGAUGCAGCAGGUCCAGUCUCACCAGAUGAGUCUGCAGGCUCCGCUGCACUCCCCACCCCCAGGACAGCAGGGAUUCUCUCACUUACAGUCCGAGUACCAGAAGAGUGUGGGGGGGUCUCAGUCUCCAGGGGCCCCGAACCCCGGGGGCCAAAACCCAGACUGGGACAGCGAAUACUGCAACCGGGAAUGUGGCGGAAACCACUGCAGUGGCAGUAUGAUAGGCAGGGAUAAGCCACUCUACCUCACUUGAAGCAAAGCAAGGAGAACAGAAAGAGAGAAGGAUGAAACAACGCCAGGGAGUCCCUAAAACCACCACCACCACUUCUCCACCCUCCCCAGACAUCAUCAGUUUCCCUCAGUGUCAUUUUUGCAUUCGUUUUUAGAAGGAUGUGUGUGUGUACGCGUUCUGAAGACUACUAGUGAUCCUUUCAUUUUUGCCAAGCACUUAAAAAUGUACAGGCCUCUCUCCGCCAGAGACCUCAGAGAGCACUCACCCCGUCUCUGAAUAAACUUAAAAGAAAACAGCAACAAAAAAAAGAUGUAUAUAACGAGAAAAAAAUAAAAAUAAAGCAAACUACCAUUAAAACUGGCCCUCAGGGCAAAUGAGCUUUAACUAAAACAGAGGAACAACUCUCCUCGUAGUUUUCUCAGUUACUUUUCUCCUUGUCUCAUUUUAAUUUUUUUCUGAUGAUGAUGAUGAUGAUGAUGAUGUUGUAUUUUUUAUUUAUUUCCUGCUUGCAACAUAGCGCUUCUUCUUUACUUUCGAGAAAAUACUCUUCUGAAGGCGAAUCAGUACACUGACGCGAAUCUGUGAACUUUAGGCAUAAAAUAAAAACACAAAAAACAUGAAUGGAAAAAACCAAUUGAUAAAUACGACUUCUUUUUUUUUGUAAUUUGAAAGACCCGCGUGCUGUAGGUCUUUGUUGAUCUGUCACAGUGUGAUUGUAAAUAUCACUUUUUUUGGGGGGGGGAGGGGGUCAAAUUGGGAAGAUGAAGUCCAGAUAUUUUUUCUUCUUUAAUAUGAUUCAUUGAUUUGUAUUUUAAAUGGUAUUUCGUGAAUGCGUGCCGGUGUGAAUGAAUGAGCGUGCGUGUGAGUGUAUUUGUGCGUUGUGUAACUGAACAGCCUGUGCAGGUGAUAUCAGAAGAGUGUUUCCACACGUACACAAUCUUGCAUUAAACUCACUGGUGUGAUUUCCCAAAAAAAAAAAAAAAGAUCUACGGCAAAAAGCGUGACUCGACUGCAUGACCUGGCUCUCCAUUGAGAAUCAGGGUAUCUUCCGUCCGUUCCACAUCCGUUCUCAAACAAAGAAAGGGAAACCAAGAAAACAGCCACUUUUCGUUUUUUCUUUUGCUCACAAAAAAACAAGAAA